AUGUCUGGUGAGGAUACACCACUCUUGUGGGGGUCCCGAUCAUGUAGCACUUCAUCCACUAACACAGGCUCACUCCAGUUACUCUUACAUCUUCCUUCCUUGUCCUCUGAUCCCCACUCAGAGGCACAAAUUACAUUUCCUGGGGGACAAUAUUCUGCAGAGGAAUUGUGCAUCACUGCAGCCAAAAAUUGUGGGAUCCUGCCUGUCUACCAUCCCUUAUUUGCUCUGGCAUCACCAGACCUCAAGACAUGGUAUAAUCCAAACUACAUCUUUAAUGUGGACAACUGCUCCUCUUAUGUUGUGCUUUAUCGAAUCAGGUUCUUCUUCCCCCACUGGAUUAAGUCAGAUGGAAAGAAAUCUCUACGCUGCAGCCUUUUUAAUCUACACCCGGACCCCUUGCUUAGCUAUGAGGUCAUCAACUAUCUUUUUGCCCAGUGUCGCAGUGAUUUUCUAAAUGGACAAAUUAACCUGCCCUCCAGCCUUGAUGUACAGGAGCAGUGCCUUGGUUUAGCAGUUCUUGAUAUGAUAAGACUUGCACAGGAAAGUAACAGGACUCCAAAGCAGAUCCUAAGCAGCAUGAGCUACAAGCACUGCAUCCCACAGAAACUGCGUCAGAGCAUUUUGAAGCUAAGGUUCUUGUCACGCAAAAGGCUUCGCAGAAGAGUGACAGUGUCCCUGAGGAAGAUCUGGGCCUGCACCCUUAGCCUUCCUCUCAUCAAACUCAAAUAUCUGGUGGAUCUGGAGAAAAUGAACAAAGACUUUGGUGUGGAGACUUUCUCUGUCUGGAGUCCGCAAGAUGGAGGAAACCACCUGUUCCUUAGGGUGUCUGGAGGCGGAGGCAUCUCAUGGAGGAAUAUAGAGACUGAGUUGUGGCAGACAUUUUGUGACUUUCCAGACAUAGUAGAUAUACGCAUAACACAGGCCCGCUUUGACUCAGCAGUGGCAGAAGGACGUGUAGUGACGAUCUCCAAACAUGAUAACAAUGUCUUGGAGUUCCAGUUCCCAGUCCUGCAGGAAGCACUGUCAUUUGUGUCUCUGGUUGAUGGCUAUUACCGCUUAACCACAGACACCCAGCACUACUUCUGUGAAGAGGUGGCACCUCCUAGCCUGAAGUGGAACUUGGAGAACCAUUGCCAUGGACCUAUCACCUCAGAAUUUGCAGUGGAUAAACUGAAGAGAAAUGGUAGUGUGGCUGGCAGUUUUGUCCUACGCCGCUCACCUCAAGAGUUUGACAAGUUUUUGCUGACAGUGUGUGUGGAGAAUCCUCUGGGAAAAGAUUACAAGGGUUGUCUCAUCCUGUGUGUCAAUGAUACAUUUUCCCUGGCUGCAGUUUCCCGUUACUUCUCCAGCGUGAGGGGUCUUCUGGAACAUUACCAGCAAUGCAGCCUACGCCUUGGUGGGAUUUGUACUCAGUUCACCUCCUGCUGUGUUCCAAGACCCAAAGAAAAAUCCAACCUCAUAAUACUGCGUGAGAGCUGUCCUCAAAAGGUUCUGUCACCAGGAAGACAGAGGAGGAACAUUCAACCUCUGACAUUUCAAAAGAUUCACUUUAAAGACAUCAGUUUUGGGAUGACCAAGGCAAAAGGUUCCUUCACCAAAAUUAUCCAAGGUGUACUUAGAUGUGCAGAUGAUGAAGUAGAGCGAGAAGUUAAAGUCAUGCUUAAGAUCCUGGAUCCUUCUUACCAGCAUUACCAAGAGUCCUUCCUAGAAGCAGCCAGUAUAAUGAACCAGCUCUCGCACAAACACCAAGUCUUACUGCAUGGAGUGUGUGUACGGGAACAGAUUAUAAUGGUGCAAGAGUUUGUAUGCCUGGGAGCUCUAGACCUAUAUCUGAAGAGGCAGAAGCAGAGAGGUCCAGUUGCCAUCAGCUGGAAGCUUGAAGUUGUCAAACAGUUGGCGUAUGCUCUCUGCUACAUGGAGGAUAAGCAUCUGGUUCAUGGUAACAUUUCAGCUAAGAAGAUCCUCCUAAGCCGUGUAGGAGACAAGGAGACACCACCAUUUAUAAAACUAAGUGACAGGGGUGUGAGCAUCAGAGUCCUGGAAAAAGAAAUGCUUGUAGAAAGGAUACCCUGGUUGUGUCCAGAAUGUGUAUGUGAUCCUAAUAGCCUGACACUGGAAUCUGACUGCUGGAGUUUUGGGGUCACACUAUGGGAGAUCUUCAAUGAUGGCAUUGUGCCUUUAAGUAUGGAGGAUCCAUCUAUGAAACUGCAGUUUUAUAAGGAACAGCAACAGCUUCCAGCUUCGCAUUGGAUAGAAUUGGCUAGCUUGGAGCAACAGUGCAUGUCUUACAACCCACUUUUGAGGCCCUCCUUUCGCUCUGUUAUACGAGAGCUCAACAAUCUUAUUACAUUUGAUUAUGAGUUGUUGGUGGAUUCCAGAGGACAGCAGACAAGUGAAGGAUUCAAAAUGUCUUACCCUGCAUGGAAGUAUCAAGAUCCUAGUGUUUACGAGGAAAGACAUCUUAAGCAUAUUACAUUUCUGGGCAAGGGAAAUUUUGGAAGUGUCGAGUUGUGCCGUUACGAUCCCCUGGAUGAUAACACAGGCGAGUUGGUUGCAGUAAAGAAGCUGCAGCAUAGUACCGCUGAACAUGUCCGUGACUUCCAGAGAGAGAGUCUGAUUCUGCGCUCCCUUCACAAUGACUAUAUUGUCAAAUACAAGGGGAUAUGCUAUAGUGUAGGUCGCCGCAGUUUCCAGCUGGUCAUGGAAUAUCUUCCAAAUAGGAGUCUCCGUGAAUAUCUCCCCAAUAACCGAGAUAGACUGGGUACCUAUCAUCUACUCCUCUAUGCCUCCCAGAUCUGCAAGGGUAUGCAAUACUUGGGAUUUCAGCGAUAUGUACACAGAGAUCUGGCAAGUCGGAAUAUUCUGGUCGAAAAUCAGAAUCAUGUGAAGAUUGGAGACUUUGGUUUAGCCAAGAUCCUUCCUCAGGACAAGGAGUAUUAUGUUGUCAGAGAAAGAGGGGAGAGUCCCAUAUUUUGGCAUGCUCCAGAGUCUCUUUCUGACAGUGUGUAUUCCCGUGAGUCUGACAUUUGGAGUUUUGGAGUCCUUUUGUAUGAACUUUUCACCUACAGUGACAGGAUCUGCAGUCCUCCUGCUGAGUAUCUACGAAUGAUGGGAUUUCAUAAUUCUCUGCAAACUGUGUGCUGCCUUGUGGAAAUAUUACGUGCUGGAAAGAGACUACGGGCCCCCUUCUCCUGUCCUGCUGAGGUAUACAAGUUGAUGCUUUCUUGUUGGUCUUCCUUCCCCUCUGAACGGCCAUCUUUUAGAGACCUGGAGCUUCAAGUUGAUCAGUUUCGAGAAACCUGCAUUAAUGUUGGCUUUCAAUGAUGUGAAGUUCCAGAUCAUGUAAAGUUUA